UCAAAUGCGUCAAAGACCAUUACGUCAACGUCAAAGUUUUAAGGUUAGGUUAUUGUUGCUAUUGUGCAUUUCUUUCAUAACAAUUAUUAAUUCUUAUUUCUCCAAUCCAGUUUUUUAAAAGAGCAGUUAGCAAUAUCACAACAACAUGGAUACAGUAGUAAAGGGUUUACUUGAUGAGGAGCCUGAAGAAGAGAAAAAGGGACUAGUAAUAUUUGGUAGGGAUGUGUCCAAAAUCCCAUGCUUUAGAGAAAGUUUCCUGUAUGGUAUUUCAACGGGAAUAGGUGCUGGUUUAGCAGCAUUCAUUAAAACAUCUCGGCCUAUGCUAUCACAGCACAUAGGUGUGGGAACAUUUUCAAUGACUACUAUGGUGUACUGGUGUUACUGUAGGUACCAGUGGUCUAAGCAACGAUUUGAUGCUCAAUUAUUACAAGAUGCAUUGAAAGACAAAAUUCUCUAUGAAGGUACUAUGGUUGAAAAAGAGCUUGAACAGAAAGGUGUUUUAAAAUCAGCAUAGAAGUGUAACUAAAUAAACCAAUUGACAACAAAAAAUCUGCAAUAUUUUACCUACAUGCAAAAAUAAUGUUAAAUAUUUUUCCACAAAGUAUACAAACUUUGUAGAUCAAUACUGAAAAAGAUUUUAUUUUAUGUUGAUGCCACACGGAACAUUAUAUUCAUGCUGGCUGGUGUAAUAAUAUUCCAAGUUGUUGUUUGAAAACUGUAUUUAGUCAUUUACAUUUAUUUUAUCUUGUAUUAUAAUAAAAUGAAUGAAUUGUUAUUGUUACUGUACAAAAAAAGCUUGUAAUAGAUCUAGGUCAAAAUGUAUUUAUCAAAUAGGUGAUUCUAAACCCAGGGGUAUCUAGUUUAAACCGGAUAUUUUUUUAAGUGUAAUCAGUGUUCAUUAAAAUUAAUAACAGUUUGUAGGCAAUAUUUUUUGCUCCCAGUUUUGUAGAUAACUUUGCACUUAAUUUGAAGGUGUAUAAAUCGUGCUAAUCAGUUGUCUUCAAGAUAACAAGAACUAAACAAGCAGAUAAUGGUUUGUGUAAAUUAUGUACAAGUAUUGAAAUGUAUAUUUAGAUGUUAGUGUAGUUAAUUAAAAUUGUUAUUAUAUGAAA